CGGGAAUCCCCAACAACCAAAAUCCCACAAAUUAAAGCCCAUUACAUCGCUCAUAUCUUCUCUAACCACUUCGAUUCCAUACUUCCAACUCAUACCACCAGAAUGCCACUAUUCCGCCUUCCCCACCGCUUUCCCACCAUCGCCCACCCAUCUCUCCGCACCACUCCCAUAUCUCGCUCAUUCGCAACUACACCAUUCCGACAAUUGAAAGAAGAUGCCAACCGAAGCGGAGACGAAAUCGAAGCGAAGAAGCAGGAGCAGCUGAAAAAGCAAGACAAGGGCGAAGGGCAUUGGCAUGAAGAGCUUGGAAGCCAGAGCGAAAGUCACGUGAAGGCAGAUCAGCAGAAGGUGGACGAUCACGACGAGCAUAUGGAGGAUUUGCAAAAGGAGACGGCAAAGAAGGGGGAGGAAGGGAAGAUAUAGGGGGGAAUGGGAUGUGUGGAGCUAGAGAGCAGGUUUCUGGGCGUGGAUAUCAGGCUUCGUUUUGACUGACUAGUCAUCUACUAUCUGGGCUGCUCCUGACAGCGGUGUCGAAUGAACAAGCCUGGAGCCCGAGUAGUCGUAUAUCUAGGCACUUGUACAUACGUUAUUGCAGUGGAAAUCAGCCUGCUCUUGGCCGAUCAGCCACCUACUAGCUGGGCUGCUCUUGACGUUGGUAUGAAUUGAGGAAUAGUACAGCCUAAAUAGAGAUAUCCGCGCGUAUCCAUCU